AUGUACGAUAUAUUCGGUAAAUACGGUGCUAUCCGUCAAAUUCGCCUUGGGAAUACACCGGACACAAGAGGCACAGCGUUCGUUGUGUAUGAAGAUAUCUUCGAUGCAAAAAACGCAUGCGAUCAUCUAUCGGGCUUUAACGUCUGCAAUCGUUAUCUUGUGGUUUUGUAUUAUCAAGCCAACAAAGCGUUUGAUAAAAUCAAUUUGGACAAAGAAAAAGAGAAACUAGCGAAGACACAAGCAAAAUUUGGCUUGAACACAUAA